AUGGGUGUAGUUGGGAGGGAGAUGAUGGAGGGUGCUUGGAUUAAGGUUUUAGUGGGGUUGUUUGAGGAGAUGAGGGGGAAGAGGGAUGUUAUGAGGGGCUAUGUGGGGAAGAGGGUUGGGGGUGUGCGUGGUGAGGAGGUCGAGGGGAGGAUUUUGAUGACGAUUAAGGAGGUAGAGGGGGAGAUGAAGGAGCUUUUGAGGAUGGCGGUUGAGCAGAGAUUCGAAAAAGAAGUCAAAGAAUACUGGGCUAGAAAGUGGGAAAUCUAUAAAGAUAGAUAUCCUAAUUUAGACGUCAAGUGCAUAACCGACUGGUCAGUCGAAGCGCCGUUUCAGAAAUCUCUUUUGAAACCGGGUGAUGUUAAUGAGGAUGAUUAUGUUGAAGAUGAAGACGAAGUCGAAGCUGAAGUUGAAGUUGAAGUCGAAGUUGCAGUCGAAGUUGAAGACGAAGUCCAAAUCGAAGUUGGAGAAGAUGAUGAUACUAAAAAACUAAACGGAAAUCAUAGUAGAAGGUAG